GUAAACUAUCAGUUUCUCCGAACAUUUGUGACAGAAACGCGAUGAAAUCCGUAAUACUUUUUGCCCUGGUGGCCUUUGUGGCUGCUAGUCCAGUUUACCAACAAUCCAUGGUACCGGUUCAACAACUACCCAACCAAUACCCAGUGGACCAAUAUAACUUCUAUAAGCAGCCCUACGGACAAGAAGGUGACACUUACCAAGUCGCUCAGUACAUCGCUUACCUUUUCCAUCAAGUACAACAACGCGGUUACACUCCUCUUCAAUUCUCUGAAUACCUUAUCCAGCACGGAUUCCCCCAAAACAUCGUAAAGUACCUUUCUGAGCAGUAUGAAUAUGGACUCUCCAAACCAUACCUGCAAGCUCCUUAUGAACUUUUCCGCUACUACUCCAGCCAAAAAUUCUCUCCAGACUUCAAGAAGUACCUUCUGGACCAAAUCGAACGCGUUUACCAGCAGUUGCAAAUCUUCUGGCCUCAGUACGGGUACAAAUCCUAUGAACAAGAAUUCACUGGAGUCCCUCAGCCGAUCUCCCAGUACACCAUCGGCCAAGCUCAGUACCACCAGAGCAGCGGCUUGACUUAUGCCCAGGCUCAACUGAUUUACCAACAGCUCCUCCAAGUCGAAAAUUACGCCCAAAAUGUCAUGAAGUACUUCGUUGACCGGCAGGUAUCCCAAGAAAUGUAUCCUUACAUCUACAAACAGUUACAGCAAGUAUUGCAAUACAUCCCAAAAGCAUUGAAUGCUUACCAAGUUUAUGCUAGUGGACAACAAGUGUACUUACCUUACUAUGCUGCCCAGAACUACAUUGAGCAAGCCAACCAGGUAUACCAUUACUUCCAGAACAUUUAUAACUACAUUCAGCAGCAAGGACUAGUUGCUAAACUGCCUGAGUACUUUGUCGAGCAAAUCCGCCUUGGAUACUUUGCGGCCCAGAAGGUUUACCAACCAACUUUCCAGUACCAAAAUGAGAACCCAGAAUACUCUUUAAAACAAGUAUUGUACUACAUCCAAUUGGUUCAGCAGUACAUCCAAACCAAGGGAGCUUUCCCUGAAUAUAACGUGAUUCUUCAACAAUUAAACCAGGCUUACCAAUACUACCAGGUCUAUCAGCAACAGCAUGGACAGCAAUAUCUUCAACAAGCUUAUCAGUACUUGCAACAAGCCUACGUGGCAGCCCAAAAAGUCAACCAGAUUUACAUCCUUGAGCAGUUGCAGUAUGCUUUGAACUUUGCGGGAAAGCUUCAGCAGUUGAACUAUCAAGAAUUCCCUUCGGUCUACCAGUAUACCCAAAACAUCCUAAACGAAUUCAGGCAGUACGUUGCUCAAGGAGUUAUUCCUCAGCAGUACGCUUCUUACAUCAUUCAACAAUUGGAGCAGAUCCUGAGGUACUCCUACAAUGUCCCUAACCAAUACGUUUGGGACCAGGUGCAGGUAUACUUUCAAAACAUCCUCAGAUACGUGCGGGAGCAACAAGUGAAAUUCCCUGAAUUCGUUGGAAAGUUUCUGAUUGAAAAGAUUCAGUAUGUUUUGCAAUACUUCCCCCAACAACAAUCUUAUGAGUACCAGCAAUAUGGUCCUUACCAGAUGAAGAGUUACCAGUAUGAGCCUUUCAGAUUCCAAUCCUCUUAUCCAGGUCAGGUGCAACAAUACCAAUAUGCUCCUCGGUACCAGUAUGGUACCUACCAGGUUCCUUACAAGUAUGAGCAACCUUUUCCUUCCGCUGCAUAAAAUGGCAUCAGAGAGAAUCCUAAGAACGACUACGAGCUGAGAUUGAAUAUUUAUUUUGAAAUGUCAUAAAAUUUAAUAAUAAAAGUUUUUUACAACUUA